UGGGCUUGUCUUGAUCGUAAUUUCUGGGAACUUUAAAAUGGCUGACAACGCUGAAGAUCUUGGCGACGUUCCUUUAAUUGGAGAGCACUGUGAAUUCCCGUCCUGUGGUCAAUUAGAUUUCCUGUCAUUUGAAUGCACUAGCUGUUCCAAGAAGUUUUGUAAGAACCAUAAAUCAGAAGAUGCACAUUCAUGUACAAAGUGCAAUGUCAGUGUGUCUCACCCAGAGUAUACUGGCCCUAGAGGUCACCACUGUACUGUCCAAGACUGUACCAAUCGGGAGCUGACACCUGUUGUCUGUCCACACUGUCACCUCAACUUCUGUCUAAGCCACAGACACCAAGUGGACCAUGACUGUCCUGAGCUGAGACCACCAUCACCUAAGAUGGCCAAGACAGCGGAGCAUGUCAAACAGAUAGUAGAGUCACAAAAAUCAAAGCCUGUAAAGAAACAAGGGGCAAAGUCCAGGAAGACUGCUGCCAAAGUGGCCCUAAUGAAAAUGAAGAUGAAAGCUGUUGGGGAUAAAGGCAUCCCAGAGACGGAGAAAGUGUAUAUACAGGUGCUCCUGCCACAGGGCAAUGCAGAGAAAAACUGCCCUAUGUAUUUUUCAAAGAAGUGGACAAUUGGAAGAAUAGUAGACAAAAUUGCAGAAAUCGCUAAACUGAAAAAUGACAAUAACGUAGCUGUAGCAAAGAAACUGAGACUGUUUGAUGCUGAGGAAGGUGUCAUACUGCCCAUGGACGCUUCCCUGGACUCACUGAUGGCUCCUGGUCAUCCUGAACUGACCCCUGGGUUACCCGAGCUGUGCAGUGGGAGCAGCGUCAUCAUAGAAUAUGUGGACAAUGAUUGCAGUAAGUUAGAAGAUGUGACACCGUACAGUAUGACGUAAGGUUCCGUGGUUGCAUGUAGGCUGGAAGAUGUGAUGUCCUAGCAAUAGGGGGAUUAAGCUGAAAAUGUUUGUUACCUUGGUAUUUGAAAAUAAUACCUUAUUAUAAGACACAAGUUGGAAAAUGUUUUCACCUAGUGGUCAGUGAGUAACAACAUGUACUCACAUCAAUCUGCUUUCCAGCUUGUGUCAAGUACCUGUGAUUUACAUUACAAUACAGGAAUUAGAUGAUAAGACAUGAUGUCAAGAAGACCUUUGUUUUAGUUGGAGGUCAUGACAAGACAAGGCCAAGUACUAUAGAAAAAGAUGUGAUGAUGUCAACAAAAUCAAACUAAAUGUAUUUAUUUCCACAACCAAGAUGUUAGUUUAGAUUGCUGUUUUGUAUGCUUGUAAAGGAUCUUGCUCAUGUCACAAAAUUCAUUUUGAGUUGGGUUUUUAGUGUAUAUGAUUGUCAAAUAUAUACCACCUCUCAGAGUAUUCCCUGAACUUUGAAAAUUAUAGUAAUUGUGCAACAGAAUAUUCCAAUUUCUCCCAGACUGUUUCAAUCCAGGCAAUGACUUUUUCAAUUUGUAUAAGCAGUUAUGGACAUGUGUAUGUUAUCAAUAUAAUAAUGUAUCAAUCCCCACUUCUCCUACAGUGGAAACA